AUGGCGACACUCGCAGAUAUAGGGGUUUCAGCAGCUAUAAAUCUGCUUAGUGCAGUCAUUUUCCUGUUGUUAUUUGCAUUUUUGAGGCUGCAACCUUUCAAUGAUAGGGUUUACUUUCCGAAAUGGUAUCUUAAGGGCUUGAGAAACAGUCCCUCGCGAUCGGGGGCAUUUGUUAGCAGGUUUGUGAAUUUAGACUUUAGAUCAUAUUUCCGGUUUCUAAAUUGGAUGCCAGAAGCGCUGAAAAUGCCGGAGCCUGAGCUUAUUGAUCAUGCAGGAUUGGAUUCUGCAGUUUACUUGCGCAUUUACUUGAUGGGACUUAAGAUUUUUGUUCCAAUGACUAUCCUUGCCUGGGCUGUCCUGGUGCCGGUUAAUUAUACUAAUGAUGCUUUAGAGGCAGCAAAGAUGGUGUCCAAUGUGACUGCUAGCGAUAUCGACAAGCUUUCGAUUUCGAAUAUUCCACUUGGAUCACAAAGAUUUUGGACGCAUAUAGUGAUGGCUUAUGCCUUUACUUUUUGGACAUGCUAUGUCUUACUAAGGGAGUAUGAGAAAGUUGCUUCAAUGAGGUUGCAAUUUCUUUCGUCCGAAAAGCGUCGACCAGAUCAAUUCACGGUGCUGGUUAGGAAUGUACCGCCGGAUUCAGAUGAAUCUGUUAGUGAGCUCGUGGAGCACUUUUUUCUGGUGAAUCAUCCAGAUAAUUAUCUCUCUCAUCAGGUGGUGUGCAAUGCUAACCUUCUAGCCAGCUUGGUCAAGAAGAAGGAAAGUAAACAGAACUGGCUUGACUACUACCAAAACAAGUAUGCCAGGAAUCGAUCAGAGAGGCCUCAGAUGAAGACUGGCUUUUAUGGGCUCUGGGGGGCAAAAGUGGAUGCAAUUGACCAUCAUGUAUCGGAGAUUGAGAAACUGUCGAAAGAAAUAGCAGAAGAAAGGGAAAAGGUUCUGAAUGAUCCGAACUCCAUCAUGCCGGCCGCAUUUGUUUCAUUCAAGACUCGAUGGGGUGCAGCCGUAUGUGCACAGACUCAACAGUCAAGAGACCCAACUCUGUGGCUAACAGAGUGGGCUCCUGAGCCACGCGAUGUGUAUUGGGAAAACCUAGCCAUUCCAUAUGUGUCACUCUCAGUUAGAAGGCUGAUAGUUGGAGUUUCAUUCUUUUUUCUUGCUUUCUUUUUCAUGAUCCCUAUUGCAUUCGUACAAUCUCUAGCAAGUAUUGAGGGAAUUGAGAAAAGCAUUCCCUUUUUGAAGCCAGUUAUUGAAAUAAAAUUUAUCAAAUCAGUUGUCCAAGGAUUUCUACCUGGGAUUGCGCUGAAGCUCUUUCUUAUCUUCCUGCCGACGAUAUUGAUGAUGAUGUCUAAAUUUGAAGGCUUGACCUCUCUUUCAUCUUUGGAAAGGAGAUCAGCAAUGAGAUAUUACAUUUUCAUCAUCAUCAAUGUGUUCCUCGGAAGCAUCCUCACCGGGGCUGCGUUCGAACAGCUAGAUUCGUUUAUCAAGCAGUCUGCUAGCGAAAUUCCCAAGACAAUUGGCGUAGCUAUUCCAAUGAAAGCAACUUUCUUCAUAACCUAUAUAAUGGUUGACGGAUGGGCUGGAAUAGCUGGAGAAGUUCUAAUGUUGAAACCACUGAUAAUUUUCCACCUGAAGAAUUUCUUUUUGGUGAAGACUGAAAAAGACAGGCAGGAGGCAAUGGAUCCCGGUAGUCUUGGUUUCGACACCGGCGAACCGCGUAUUCAGUUAUAUUUUCUGCUGGGGCUUGUGUAUGCAACAGUCACACCUAUCCUCCUUCCAUUCGUAGUUAUUUUCUUCGGCUUUGCAUAUGUAGUGUUUCGUCAUCAGAUCAUAAAUGUUUACAACCAAGAGUACGAAAGUGGUGCGGCGUUCUGGCCUUCUGUCCAUGGGCGUGUUGUCACUGCGUUAGUAAUCUCGCAGCUGCUUCUGAUGGGACUGUUGAGUACAAAGCAAGCUUCCAAGUCGACGCCAUUUCUCAUUGCUCUUCCUGUACUCACUAUAUGGUUCCAUAUAUUCUGCAACGGCCGCUACAAAUCUGCAUUUGCCAAAUAUCCAUUGCAGGAAGCAAUGAUGAAAGAUACCCUGGAACGAGCAACUUAUCCACACUUCAACCUCAGAUCCUACCUUCAGAAAGCGUAUGUCCAUCCAGUUUUCAAAGACGAUGACGACGAUGAUUAUGACGAGUCUCUGAGCGAAAAUUUGGAAUCUGAUAGCGAGGGUGUUUUAGUGCCUACAAGACGCCAAUCGCAAAGAAAUUCUCCGGCAGUAAGCCGAGGAACCUCACUGGCUUUACCCGACGAAGUGAAACAUGCAGAGCCUUAA